CCACCCCCAAAGGACAUCUAGGCCGGCUGUCCUUGCCCCCGCUGCGGAUCUUGUUUCCUGGGCGCGCCGGGGUUCCCGCCGACGAUACGAGGGAGGCCGGCGCCGUUCAGCGAUCCAGGCCGGUCUCCGUUGGUGCGUGCUGCUGGGUUCAGGCCUGCUCGCGCAGGGUGGCUUCGCCCAGACACGACCUCAGCGGAGAGAUGUAUCCGCCCGCCGCGUGCGUUGACUACACUUGUUGCAGUCACCUCUCCCCGGUUGCUGCCUGCCUUCAGUUCGUGGAGCUAGUCAAGGACCAUCAGGAUACACUCUCUACUCUUUUUUCGUUGUACAUUCGAGAUCUUGGUCCUGAUGUUGAAUUUGGAGAUACAAACUGGCUUGGAAGACAGGGUAUUGCAUUACCCUCCACUCAGUUGCAGAUGCUUUAAGUUCUAAAGAUCUUCCCAUUGCCAUGACAUUUCCUAUAUCACGUGGCUUGGCUGAUCAUAAUCUGGACGUUUGCGGUAGAAUGAUUAAUGCUGGCAUCCUUAUUAUUGAUAAACAUGGAAAGGAAAAUGUUCCUUUGCUGCUUCCUAUUUUUGAGAGCUACUUGAAUAAAAGGGCAUCAAAUGAGGAAACAUGUGAUCUUGUCAGGGAAGGCGUUGUUAUAUACUGGUGCUCUAGCAAAACAUCUAUCGAAGUUCAGUGUUGUUGAGAAGUUGCUAGAUGUUCUUAACACCCCAUCAGAGGCAGUUCAGAGACCGGUGUCAGACUGUCUGUCUCCACUUAUGCUCUCAAAGCAGGUGAGGUUGCUUGCUGCUGCUAGUGCCUGACAGUGACGUCAAUGGUCAUGAUGUAAGAUGCUGUGAGGGAAACACGGUGGACUGGGACAGUACACAAUGUACACAGUCCACCACUUGUCCCAUUUCUUCUGUCUGCUCUGACAGAUCCGAAUGACCAUACAAAACAUUCUCUCGACAUCCUUCAGACGACUUUCAUCAACUCCAUAGACUCACAAUCACUUGCGUUGCUGGUACCUAUUAUGCACAGAGGACUGAGGGAGAGAGGUGUUAAUACUAAGAAGAAGGCUUCCCAAAUUGUUUGGAAACAUGUCUUCUUUAGUUACAGGACCAAUGGAUAUGGUCCCAUACAUAGGAUUGCUCCUGCCUAAAGUCAAGAAGGUUCUAGUGGAUCCCAUACCUGAAGUCCUCGAGCUCUUGGGGUCUCUUAUAGCAGGAAUGGGUGAACAAAUAUUCCCAGAUCUUGUGCAUGGUUGUUAGAUAAUUGAAAUCUGAUAAUAGUAAUGCUGAACGAUCUGGAGCUGCCCAGGGACUAAGUGAGGUCUUUGCCUCUGUUGCUUCCUUCUAUUGAGGAUGGGAUAUUCAGUGAUAAUUGGCGUAUCCGGCAGAGUUCGGUGCAACUUUUGGGAGAUCUUUUGUUCAAGGCAACUGGAACUUGUGGGCAGGCAUGAACCUCUCAGGGGUAUAACCCAAUCAUGAACCCUGUGUUCCAUUCGCUCCGGAUCCGGCUCCAUAUCAGGUGGCAGGGACCUAUACGUGAUCAUACGGCCUCUCAGGGGUUUUUAUACAAAACUUAGCAAGCUCUCCUCUCCCUCGCAAUCGCAAACCCCGAGCCGCGCCCGCUCCCCACUCCCAAAUCAUCCAUUCCUCCCGGGCGCGCACCAUCCGCCGCGAGCCACCUCGCCCCCUCCACUUCCGGCCGCCGCGACCCUCCACUCCCGGCCGUCGCGACCCUCCUCGGACCAUCCACUCCACUCCCGGCCGCCGCGACCCCCUCGCCCCUCUCCACUCCCGGGCGCUCGUCACGGGAACCAACCUCGGGCAGUUCCCCCAGGCGUUCGUCAUCGUCCCCGGUGUCUCGACUGCGGCAGGGCUACUGGCGUCCGCAGACCCAGUCCCCUCCAUGACCUUCGCCUGAAUCUCCCGGAGCACCCGUCCCCUCCCCGUUUUCUCCAAGCGCAGAGGGCACAGAGAAGAUGGGGGUGUUCGCUGAGACCGUCACGGCCCUCGUCUGGAUGGUCGGCCUGUUUCCCACUGUCGCCCUCGCCGUGUUCACGGUGACCAAUAUGGCGCCAGUAUCCUUGCAGUUUUUUCCACCCUCACCUGCUGGUCUUCCUUCGGCCCCGCUGCCUCCGUAUCCUGUGGUUCCUUUGCCCCAGCUUCCUAGCCCUCAAUCUCCCGUGCCGCCUUCACCACUGCUGCUUGACUCCAGCAUUGUCUGUGCCCCACCUCAUGCGGUUAUUCCUUCACCUCCAGUCUCUGCCGCUGCCGCUAGCCUGGUGUGCCCAGCGUCACCUGCUCCUUUGACAGAUUUGACUGCUGAUCAGCUGAAAUUUAAGAUCGCGUCAUGGGGGAGAUUGGCAUUAAUGUUCCUAUCCAUCACUUUCAUCUUGAUAGGCAUAGUGGGCCCACAAGUGGAAGCGGCUGCCAAGGCUGAGGCAAGGGCUGCAUCUGAAGAGGACAAGGCAUAUAAAGAGGCAAAGGAAGCGUUGAUUGAGGCUAUGUAUGCUGUUGAUGCUGCCACCAAAGAAAUCGACACUGCAGUUGAUAAGUGUAUCAGUGACUUGCAGAUGCGCGUAUCCGAUUUGAUCACAAAUGACCAUCUCUUUUCUCUGAUGUUUGGCAUCAAUAAGGUCAUUGCGAGGAAGCAUAAGGUCCUGGAGAAAGUGAGUAUAGCGAAGCCUCAGCUAGGUCUUGCAAGGAUGAAGCAUGCCCGGGUUUACCGCAGAUGUUUUCAGCUGGGGAUAUGCAUGAAUUUCGCAACAUGGGUCUGUGCAGGAGGCGCUUUUUACCGCUCCAUUGAGCUCCAGAUGGGGAAACCAGCCAGGGCUGAUACUAUCACGUGCUUCUCUCUACUUGCCAUACUCGCUGCAGGACUGCAUGGCUAUUAUCUCCGCCUCGCCAAUUUCGAGGAUUGAUUAUGGAGAGGCUCAACUCAGCAGGAUCGCCGAUGGAAGCAGAAUCCACAACAGGGUCAUGUGGAACUUCAUUUGACAGAUGGAGAAGCUGGAAUAGGAUCGCCGAUGGAAGCAGAAUCCGCACCAGGGUCAUGUGGAACUUCAUUUGACAGAUGGAGAAGCUGGAAUAGGAUCGCCGAUGGAAGCAGAAUCCGCACCAGGGUCAUAUGGAACUGUAACUAUGUGCAUCAUGUAUCGUUUUGCAUGAAAGAAAUCUUUGUUUAGGCGAACACCUUAAUUGGUACUCCCAUAAUGUAAGAUCAUUUUGCAGGCUUUGCUAUGCUGCAGCUGAGAUCCUUGUAUGGACACCGUAUCACUGAUCAUUUACACUUUUACCAAUAACAGUUUAGAAGAAAA